GGGCUCGCAGGGGCCGGAGCUCGGGGCGCGGCGGCGCCGCUCGAGGCCGGCGGGACCCGCUGCGGAGGCUCCGGCCGCCGGGAGGACCCGCGGAGCGCGCCUGUCCCCGCCGCCGCGCAGGUGACGGGGCUGCCCCGCGCGCUCGCUGCUGCAGCUCCCGCCGGGCGGGACCGGAGCUUCCGGCCGCGGCGGCUCCGGCGGAGCCCCGGCCCGCAGCAAAGACACCGCCCCCGGGGCGGGGCCGGGCAGGAGCGAGCGGCGGGAGGCGCCCCCAGAAGCGGCUCUUUGCGGGGCAGGGCGCGCCGCGGGGGCUCUGCCGGAGGAGCUCCGCGCAGGAGGCUGCAGGAAGCGCAGCUCGGGAUGUGGCGCCGGAGGCUGGCGGGGCUGCUCCGGCUGCGCGGCAGCUCCAGCCCUGGCUCUCUGCGCCCGCCCGGUGGCACCAGGCCCAUCCUCGCUGCUGCCGCUCGCUGCCACCACACGGUGCCGGAGUCCCUCAAGUGUGCCUGGCAGUUACACCGCGACCACCUCGAGCUCAGGUACGCCAACACGCUGAUGCGGUUGGACUUCGUGUGGCUGCGGGACCACUGCCGCUCCGCCUCCUGCUACAACGCCAAGACCAACCAGCGCAGCCUGGACACGGCCAGCGUGGACCUGGCAAUCAAACCCAAGGCUGUGCGAGUGGAUGAGGCCACGCUCUUCCUCACCUGGCCGGAUGGGCACGUGACGCGCUACGGGCUGGAGUGGCUGGUGAAGAACAGCUACGAGGGGCAGAAGCAGCAGGUGAUGCACCCCCGGAUCCUCUGGAACGCCGAAAUCUACCGCCAGGCCCAGGUGCCUUCCGUGGACUGCCGGAGCUUCCUGGAGACGGAUGCGGGGCUGAAGGAAUUCCUGCAGAACUUCCUGCUGUAUGGCAUCGCUUUUGUGGAGAACGUUGCUCCCACCAAAGAGGACACAGAAAUCGUGGCGGAAAGGAUCAGCUUGAUCAGGGAGACCAUUUACGGCAGGAUGUGGUACUUCACCUCGGACUUCUCCCGGGGAGACACUGCCUACACCAAGCUGGCUCUGGAUCGUCACACAGACACAACCUACUUCCAGGAGCCCUGUGGCAUCCAAGUGUUCCACUGUCUGAAGCACGAGGGCACGGGCGGGCGGACGCUGCUGGUGGAUGGUUUCUACGCGGCGGAGCAGGUUCUCCAGCACGCCCCGGACCAAUUCGAGCUGCUCACCAAGGUCCCGCUGAAGCAUGAGUAUGUUGAGAAUGUGGGAGACUGUCACAACCACAUGAUUGGAAUUGGGCCAGUUCUCAAUGUCUACCCCUGGAACAACGAGCUUUAUCUCAUCAGAUACAACAACUACGAUCGUGCUGUCAUCAACACGGUGCCGUACGAUGUUGUGCACCGCUGGUACGCUGCUCACCGCACCCUCACCGCAGAGCUCCGGAGACCAGAGAACGAGCUCUGGGUCAAACUGAAGCCAGGCAAGGCCCUGUUCAUAGACAACUGGCGUGUGCUGCACGGGCGGGAGGCGUUCACUGGGUACCGGCAGCUCUGCGGCUGCUACCUGACGAGGGACGACGUGCUCAACACCGCACGCCUGCUGGGGCUCCGGGCCUAGCCCGGCCACGUGCACGGGGGGACACAGGGACCUGCUGGUGUCACCCCCAUGAUGUUGCACAUACCUCAGACACCUCCACCCUCUCCAAGCCGUUCCCGGUGCCUGCGAAGGAGAGGGAGCAGGUGGAAGCCAAAGGGAGUUGCAGGAGCUCUGUGGGACCCUGUUCUGCCUUUGAGCACAGCCACCUCUUGCUGUCUGCACCCAGCCUGGUUGGUCCAGCCCCUCAGACUGUCUUGGCUCUGCCCAGGAAGGGCUAAUCACUCCAUGGGAAGUGCUCCUCCAACCAAGUGCCUUCAGGAUUUGGACUCUUUGCAUUUAUCCCUGCUGUUCAGCCUUUGGUCAGCUGGAGUUCCAGGUUUUGGGGUGUUUUUUCCAGCAGAGCAGAAUGGAAAUCUUUGGGGCCUUGUCUCACCCCAGGCUGGACUUCAGCCCUUCUAGAGAAAAGGAAAAUCUUUGGCCUCUAUUUGAUGUGAACAUGCCACUACUCAACUUGGGGGCUGUCGGCAUAUUUCAGUGGCUUCUUAAAUAUACCACACACCCCUAGGACAGUGGCUGAUACAAGCCAUGCCGCUGGAGAGGUGGCCUGCAAAGAGAGAACCCCAUCUAGUGAGGGUAUUUCUGAAGAGGUUUAGGUUAGAAGGAACAGGGGAAGUAGCAAGAGCUGCAUGUCGGGAAGGAGAGCUGUGUUAGAUGAGGGAUGUGGGUCUCGUGUUUCCUGACUUCCAGUAUCGUAACACAUGUGUUCUUGUGCUCAAAUCGAGUGUGAAGGCUCAGCAGCCACAGGAUUUGACAGAUUUCCCCUUGUGCCUGCUCCUUCACCUUUCCUGAAGAAGGGGUUUGUGUAAGGUGGUCAUUUCACCAGCUGCUGGAUGGGGCUGACCAGUUUGGGUGGUGCUUUCACCAGAUCCUCCUGUGUAUGGAGGCAGUGAACACAGAGGUGCCUUUCAGCUCCAGCUAGCUGGGGCAUAAACUGGUCUGGCACAUGGAAGGGACACAGUGUAAGGAACAAAGGCAAAUCCUGUUGUUAUUAGAAACACUGGAAUUCUAGAAACAUGGGAAUUUAAGAGCCAAGAGGGGAUUUUAGGAUUUGUGUCUUCAGGGGUGUCUGCUCUGCUCUGACUAGACCUUAAACCAGGGCUGGUCCCUUUCACCCCUGGCCCUUCUGUGUAAGCAGGAUGCUCUAGUGUCCAGGGUACAUGUGCUACAUUUGCUGCCUUCAUUUAAUCUAAACACUGACUAUAUAGAUCCUAGUGCUGAGAGACACCUGCAAGUGUGGCCUGAGCUGCCUGACACUGACUUUCACAGUAUUUCCCACUGCUGCAGGCACCAGGAGCUUCCCAGUGAAGGCUUGUCAGGGAGCUGUGCAUCAGAGGGGGGGUGAGAAAGGGAAACAUGAGCGAUGGUGGCAGGUAACAGCAGCCUGAAGUGAGGUGGCUUCUGUCAGGUACAUCUCCCAGGGACUGUGAGCAGCAGCCUCGGGCACAGGCAGGAACUGGAGUAUUCCUCUAGGCCGAGGCAGUGAAUUCCCUGAGCAGCUUGCAGCAUCCAGUGUGUUACUUCCUUUGCCAGGUUCUCCUUGGGUGCCAGUUACACCAGCACAACUUAGCUGGGCAGUUUUACAGGGCUUCAUUGAUGGUGUGGAAGUAGCAAACCCCAAUGGUUCCAUACACCAUCCCUCUCAGGUGCUCUGGGGUUGGCUUCCCCCUGUGCUGCUGGGUGAAUCCAUGGCUGGAAGUGUGGUGGUGACAACAAACCAUCUCUGUGCUCUGAACCAAAGGAUCAGUAUUUGAAAGCCUGCAGCGGUGGAGCCCUCUCACAAAUUAUUUGAGGGUAUUGAGAGUUCCUGAGAUCUUUUCGCCUCCCUGUGCCCCCAGGAUGCGAGGGGAAUACUGUGGAAACCUUCCUCUGGGGACAUCAGCUUUACCUGCCACUGCCCUGAGCUGGAGUGGGCAGGGCUGGGGCUGGCACAAGUGUGCUGGUGACAGGUCAUGGUGACACAGGUGCCCUGCUGCCAGGGAACGUGGUGCUUGUCACUGCCCAUCCUGUGGCUGCUGCUGCCAAGGGCUUUGCUUUUCAGACACCAACCUCCUCUUAGGAGCCAACACACUCCUCAGGGGGCCUGAGUAAUCUCUCUGGGGGGCUGAAAUUGCUUAUGGUGAAUGUAGAAGAAACCCAUUUCCUCAUCGGUGUUACUCUAAUUUAGCCACUCCAGCACUAAACUGUGGAGUGGAGACAGCUCUGUUCAAAUCCUGAGCUUCAUCUCCCCCACUUCCCACGAGGGCAAAAUUCUUCCUGUGCAGCUUUAUUUGGAGGACCAGGGCUUCUUGGCUGUCAGUGCCUGUGCGAGCCGGGCACUUGCUGUGCGUGUCAUGGAACAGACUCUCUCUGCUCUAAUGAUACUGGAUCAGGUUUUGUAAUCGAGCUCUUUCAGUUCUUUCAGCCAAUAAAUGAUGAACUGCUUCCUUCUCCUUCCCCUUCCCCGGCGAUCCAAUGGACGUGUUUAAGACAUUUUCCAAUGCUAAGCACCCAGGUCUCUAAAUAAAUGAUUUACAAAGUGAUCAUCUUAACAAAAUAUACAUUUCAGGCAAUCAGGAGCUUGAAACCAAGUCUGUAUUGCCCAUCAGUGUGGAAUAAACGCGAGGAGCAGUAAGCAAGGCA